AUGGGUUCUUCAUCAAAAAGGAAACAUUCAAAGACGAAAAGUUCUAAACUUUCUUCCAAGGCUCGGAAAUUGAAGAAGAGCAAAAGGACUAAAGCCAAGAAGAAACUAGGUCGCCGUCAUGAUUCGAGUACUGACAAUUCCAUGAGUUCAUAUUCCAGUGAUUCAUAUUCUUCAAAUUCUGAUGAUGACUCCAUAAGUUCUAAAUCUCUUUCCUCAUCCAGUUCAAAGGAUACCCACAGGAGAAAAAGCAUAUCACGAUCAAGAAGUACGAAGAAGAGGAAAAAGCAACUUCGAAGAAUAUCUUCUAGCAGAGAAGAUAGUCGGGACUUAUCACGUUCAAGGAAAAGAAAGAGGUCAAAGAAGAAUAGUGUUUCGAAGUCUAGUAAGAAUUCAAAGAGAAAGAAACUUAGGAGGGAUGUAGAAAUUAGUUCUGCAAGCAGUCAUUCACCCAGCUGCUCUACUUGUAAUGGCAGUAUUGGUGGUGAGAGCAGUGAAGGUGAGGGUGUUAGAAGAAGGUCUAGGAAGAACAAAGAUGGCAGGAGAGAUAAACCUCAUAGAAAAAUCCAAUCUACAUUGAGCCCUCAUAGAUCCUCGACUCAUUCUCCUUAUAGUGAGUAUCGAGAUGAAAACUAUCCUAUUAGUCAAGGUGAAGAAACUUGUAUAAGUGAGAAGAAUUCCAGGCGUUUGAAAUCUGUGAUAGUAUUUGCAGAGAAGCCAGAGCCAUCUAUUACAGAUCAGAAUGAAUCAGAGAAAGAUAUGCAAAAAGAAGAGCUCGUCUAUGACCAUGAUGAUUAUCCUUCUAAAAGCAGCAGCGGUGAGGGUGGCAAAAAGGAGGUAUCAACCCCUUAUCCACUUAAUAUGUUUGAUGGUGGUCGAAGUGUAGAAAAUGUUGGAUUAAAUUCUGACAAUGACGUGAUUGAACAAAGUAUAGGUUAUGCUCGUGAGCAUGAACAAGACGAUGUUCGUAAUCCUUCCUCAAAUGACUUUAUGACAAACAGUUAUGAAAAGAAAAGGACAAGUAAUAUUCUCCUCCCUGAUUCUGGUUCCAGUGGUAAUGAUCUGGAAGCAGUUUUGAAGCAAAAAGCGCUGGAAAAUCUGAAGAAGUUCCGAGGAGCACGUAAAACUAAUGUAAAGCCUACUGCUCACAAAACUGAUCAGGUUAAUGGUGAUCGCCAUGGUUCAUCCAGUUCCCAAGCUGAGAUUGUUCAGAGUAAGUUUCCUAUUGGUAGUUGUACAGAGGUUGAGAAAGAUGCUUCUGGCGGAGGAUUAGCUAGAAAAGUGUCUGAAAUUAUUGAACGGAACUCUGAUGAUACACCCGGGCAGGCUAACUUUGGAAAACCUAAUGAGAAGAGCCGUCCAAUGAGACAGCCUGUUUUUGGUAAAUCUGCAUUGGAGAACUCAUCAUUUGGGAAGACAUCUUCAGUCAUUGACUCCACACAGAAUCCAACCAGGUCAUCAAUGGUUUCUAUGAAUAAAAGUCACAUGGAAACUGAGACAAGUUUGAGGAAUCCUGAGUCCAAAAUAGCUCACCUGAAGUCUCCUAGCAUUAGCACAAGCCAAGAUAUAACCUCUACCUCUUCUUUGGUGGGAUCAGCAGCUGUAGAACAGCCAAGCUCAAAUAAUCAGCAAGAUGAGGGCAAGGAUGGGUCACAGUAUCAGCAGAAGACAAUGUCAGUGAUGAGGAACGGCGAAAUGGUACAGGUAAACUAUAAGGUCUACAUUCCUCAGAGAGCUCCUGGUCUUGCUAGGAGACACUUUAAGCGGUGA